AUGAAUGGUUCCAGCCAAAUGCUUCUCUAUAAUGCCUUUACUGGCAAUACUCUUGAAGCCGAUCCAGACAAGUUUCUUAGUCUAGCAGACCUCAAAUCUUGGAUACAGGAAAAUGAAGGCAUUCCAGUAUCUCACCAGAUUCUCCUGACUUCAAGGUCUACCCAGCUUAAAAUUGAGUCUAUGUCUCACGGUCAACAAGUUUUUGUAUUCGACAAGGCUCUCUUCUCUCCAAAUGCUGAUAUCGACUCUCUGAUAACCGAACCAAAAAUAAUCCCUUUAUCUAUACCUCCAGUUCCUCAGGCCCCUUCGCCACAACCUACAUCUAUAGUCACCGUCCUUAACACAUUUAUCGAGCGCGCCCAUUGGGCAAACGCACUCCUAACUCUUUCCCAGCAUCUAUUUGACGCCAUUGAAUGUCACAUUAUCGAAAUCUCUGUCAUUAAACAAGCAGUCGAUGUCUCAUUAACACAUCUUCGCCAUCAUUCUAAUGGAAUCAUCAAGUCUUUAGAGUCGACCGCUGCAAGCGCCAAAACUCUCACAGAAACAACCACAGAAACAAACUGGCAAACGGCCCUAGACACAGCCACAAAAUUACCCGUCCACAAGUCGCUCCUGGCUGGUCACUCAAAUAGUACUCAUCUUUCGGAUUGGAUUGACCGGUUCGAAAUUGAGACUUCAAGCUCAAAUCUCCAAAAGGAACGCGCAACAAUCAUUUCCACAGUAGAUACCCUAUACGCUAAAGCUAAUGAAAUGCUAGUCAAGAUCGAGGCCCUGGAGGCCGUCGCCAAAGCUUGGUUCAGUCUCCCCACAGCUCCCAUUAUUUCAGAUAACCAAUCUUCCAUUGAUAAUUCUUGGAAAACAUACCGCGAAAUCACUGAAGAUGUGGGCACUAUUGUGCAAAAAAUCCAGUCUGACUGCUCAUAUGUGUCCAAUCUCUCAGAUUCUUUGAAAAACAUUCAAAACUCAAUGCGAAUAAUUCAACUACAUGACCGCGAGUUUUUAUCAAAAGCCCAGGAUCUUACUAAAGAGCUUUGGAAUAUUCACAAAUCUUGGGCCCUCUCAAAGACUUUUAAUACAAAAAAAUCAGUAGCAUUACUUCGCACAGUUUCACAAAUUCAAUUUUUUUCAAGCCCUCUGCGCCAACAAAUUGCUACCUUGGCCGCUACUGUAAAAUCCGCAGAAGCCGACCGCAUGGUUGUAGCACGUGCCAUUGACAUGCCGUACCUUUACGGUGCUUUGCUUUUUGAGCUAAUUCGUCGCGAUGAGUGGAUGGAACACAUCAAGGCCCGCGUUAACAGAACCGCAGAAAUGAUGGCUGGUUGGCGAGAAGACGAAAUCAAGCGGCGCACAAAGUGGAUCCGCCAACUUGGAGGUAGCCUCGGAAUGCUCAAACGGAUUGGCGGCGGUGGCGGUAGCAGCGGCCCUGGAGGCGCCAGCGAUGUUCCUGACGUGGAAAUCACCCUCAUCAACUCUACCGAGUACAAGUCAUAUGCCCUAGAGCGCAAAGACAUGGACCAGUACUUGCAGCUCCUCAAAUCGCAUGGACUUGAAGAGGAGUAUGAGGAACUGGCAGCACUCGUGACCAAAACAGAUAAAAUUAAUCCGUUCCCUGAACCAGUACCUGUCGAGCAUCAAAAAAUGCAACAACAAUUGCUACGCCGUAAGUCUGUUUUUAAAGAGGGGAACAUGUCAGAAUACUCAAAGUCUCUUCUUUUAUCGCGCAGUAUGGGUCUUGACCCUCCCAUCAAUAAGGUCGAGGAACUCCCUCCCAAAGGUGAUUCUUCUGUUGAUCUUAAAAUUCAAGUUUACGAGGCUCGCAUACGUAAGCUGGAAGACAUGUUGCAUCGAAAUCAGUUUCGUGAUUCAUGGACAAACAAGUUCCAUGCACCUGGAGUCGUAGAUAGUACCUCCAUGAUUAAGGUUUCUGCUACAGACGAACAACAUCAAGCACUUUUGGAUAAGAUCAAGUUGCUUGAAGAGCAAGCUCAGGAAAAAGACCAAGAAGUGGCUCGCUUGAAUGCGGAGAAUGGAAGACUUUCUGCGGAAAUUGAGCAAAAGAACUUUGGUCUUGAAGAAGCCCAAGUCAUGAAGUUAGAUCUCAUGGCAAACCUCUCAACAAAAGAAAGCGAGUUUAAUACCGAGAGACGCUCGUUCCAAAAGGAAAUUGCUGAUCUCAAGCACAAGCUGUACGAACUUGAAGUUGAGUUUGAUCGUGAGAUUGAGCUAAGUCUUGCUCUUGAAGAAGAGGUCCAGUCUUAUAAACACCAAAACUCGUUGCAAAUUGCACGCUUCAGAAAGGCCCUCAAAACGCAAAAACGAUCAUCUAUAUUUUCAGAGCGCAAAUACCUCAAGGUUCAAACACGAUAUGAUAUUCUAACAACACGUGCGCGUGAUCUCAGCCAGCGGCUUUACACGUCUACAAUCCGCAACUCCGAGCUCCUUGAGUCACUUGGCAUGCAAAUUCGAAAGGAAAUUGAUGAAGAAGACAACUGUGUUUUAUCUUUUAAGAUUCAACGUGUUAAAGGGCUGGGUAGACGCACACGUUCUGCAUUAUCGGCUAAUAACAAUAACAAUUCUGAAAGUAUCGAAGGUGAAAAGCAGAAAAUUGACCCAACUGUUUUAUAUUGGGUCGAUCCUUCUCCUAAUGAUCCCAAAGAAGAUGAAGAUGAAGAAGAUGAAGACAAUGACGAUGACGAUGACGAAAAUAAAGAUGAAGAUACCAGUGACGAGGACAAUCUUUAUAUUAAUGAUGAAGAUUCUGAAAACAUGGGUGUUCGUCAAUCCGCAACUACUACCCAAAAGAUUAUCGAUUCAGGAAGUCUUAUUAGUGCACAAAGCAUGGGGAACAGCAUUGUUUCUCUUCAAAAUACUGAGCUGUUGCCACAAAAGCUAGACUCUGGCUUGUCCAAGGUGGAGAAAACUAAAAGCAUUGACAGCGCUAAUACCGACAAGGACUCAAUUGAAUCGCCAACCAAGCAUUCUUCUCUUUAUAGCAGCACGUACGAACAGCGGCGACAGCUCAAGCGCCAGGAGCGCCAGAAGAAGCUGCAGGAACAACAAAAACAGAGUCCCAAGCUCAUAGAAGGCCAUCAAACUCGCCAAAAGUCUGAGACGCGCGAAAAGAAGCGCGAAGCUGACAUGCAACUGCGUCUUGAAAAGUACCGGCGGCGCGCAACUAAGCAAUCAGAGCUGCGGUACCAGCGGUUUCUCAACUCUGUGUACAUUGACUACGAUUUGUUUCGUGUGAGCGUGACAAAACGGUUCAGUGAUGUAGAGCAUCUCGCACGCAAGCUACAAAAGGAAUGCCGUGGGUACCGCGAAAAUGCACACAUUCAGGAACUUGCAUCGCGAGGGAAGCUUGCGUACCGGUCGUUCAAACAGGGCGACCUUGCACUAUUUCUGCCGACCCGCGAUCAAACUCGGGACCCCAACCCAUGGGCAGCGUUCAACGUGGGUGCUCCACAUUAUUUCUUAAAACCGUUACCGGAACACCGGCUUUUUGAGCGCGACUGGUUAGUAGCCCGCAUCACAAAGAUUGAAGAACGAGUUGUUGAUCGCAUCCACGGUGAAGAAAAAGAUAACCCGUUUGACUUGAGUGACGGGCUUAAAUGGCAUCUACUCGAAGCUGUUGAAGAAAAGUAA